ACAGGAAGUAAACAAAUAUGUCUGACGACGGAAAUGAAAGUAAAGAUAGCAAACCCACAGAGGCCGAUGAAAAGAUCUUACCAACAAGUCCUAGUCAUGCUGCUGCGAAAAUUGAUGUUCUCCUGAAGCCAGCUGGAGAUGCCCCUAUUAUGAAGAAAAAGAAGUGGGCUGUUGAUAGAAAUAAACGUAUUGGUUGGGUUGGAGAAUUCAUCAAAAAGUACCUCAAGUUAACGUCCCAGGACUCUGUGUUCCUGUAUGUGAAUCAAUCCUUUGCUCCGACUCCUGACACUGAAAUUGGCACCGUAUUUGAUUGUUUUGGAAGUGAUGGAAAACUUGUUUUACAUUACUGCAAAACCCAGGCUUGGGGCUGAAGAACAGUUUUGUGAUUUUACAGACUUCAUGGCUACAAUAUUGUCAGCCAUAAUGAAAUGGUCAUUGUGCAAUACUUUCCUUGAUGGCAGAUCAUUGUAGGUAUUACCAAACAUGUAAACAUUUUAAUGUGAGCAGUACAAAGGAUAUUGUACACUGUGAUAAAAAUAUGUUGUUGACUGAAUAAAUGAAUACUGUGAAUGUAAAA